AUGCAGUCUGCCUUCCUGUUCGGGACCGCCGUCCUCGCCCUCGUCCGCUCGGCAUCUGCCGCCACGGCGCAGACGUUCCAGCCACCGGCGAGCAGCCCGUUCGCGCAGUCGGGCAACUACACCGGCAAGUCCAACAACACCCUCCAGAACGGCCCCGUCGUCCCCGGAAAACUCUUCGACCGCUUCAUCCAGGUCUGGUUUGAAAACACAAACUACGCGACCGCCCAGUCGUCCCCCGCCUUCCAAAACCUCUCCCAGUACGGCCAGCUCCUCACCGGCUACUACGGCGUAACCCACACCUCCGAGCCCAACUACAUCGCCGCCGCGGGUGGUGACUUUUUUGGCGGAUACAACGACGACUUUUGUGCGUCCUCCCUCUCUCGUCCCUCUGCCCCUCUCACCCGCCCCGCAGAUGCCAUCCCCUCAAACAUUUCCACCGUCGUCGAUCUCCUCGAGGAGAAGAACAUCUCCUGGGCAGAGUACCAGGAGAAUUUGCCCUACGACGGAUACACUGGCUACAACUUCACCUCGUACGACUACAUCGCCGGCACGGGCACCUACACCUACUAUGUGCGCAAGCACAACCCCCUCAUCAUCUUUGACUCCAUUUCCAACGUCACGGAGCGUGCCCUCCGCAUCCGUAACUUUAACGACUUUGCCAACGACAUGAGCGCGGAUGCAAUCCCGCAAUGGGUCUUCGUCACCCCCAAUCUGGUCAACGACGGUCACGACACUAAUGUCGACUUUAUGGGCGAUUGGAUCAACUACUGGCUCAACCCCGUGCUCGCAGACGAGCGCUUCAACAACAACCGCACGCUCAUCCUCAUCACCUUUGACGAGAACGAGGUGUACUCGGUCAACAACAACGUCUGGGGUUUCCUCAUCGGCGGCGCGCUCCCCACGAAUCUGGUCAACACGACAGACAACACGUUCUACACGCACUACUCCUCGCUCUCGACCGUGCAGGCGAACUGGGGCCUCAAGUCGCUCGGCCGACAGGACACGAACGCGACGGUGAACAACGUCUUUUCAUUCGUUGCGGAGGCGACAGGCUGGAAGAACAACGAUCUCGUCGGCAAUUCGACCGCCCUGCCCCUGCUUAACCUGACGGGUGGCUACCCCGGCCCGCUGAACAACGAGUACUAUGUGCAGUUCGCGGCGCCGAACAUGACCGCCGUCGGUGCAGGCACUGGAGGCGUCUUUGUCGCGCCGUCGCUCAACACGGCGAUCACGGCGGCGUCGCUGUCUGCGCCAGUGAACCUGACCGCAAUGAAUGAGACGGUGCCAUGGGCGAACAACCCUGGCUACGACUACCCGAACGGCACGCAGUCGUACACGACCUCGACCGGUGCGCCGUCGCCGACUACAACCACGACGACCUCGGGUGCGGGUGCUGCCGCCGCCCCCGCCAUGAUCUUGUCUCUCGUUGCUGCUGGUGCGAUGAUUGCUCUUGCAUAA